AUAGACAACCAAGGACGAUGUCUCACUAAAUAGAGGGAGGAGGAGGGGAGCGGGUUAAAGCCCCGGUGGGAACAGCUGAGCGGCUGCAAAGAAAAGCCUGCCUCCCGCGAGGAGAAUACAGAUCUCUCACUCCUAAAGGGACAUCUCUUCGGAUCUUCUAGCACCUUCUCUGUCGUCUUAAAUGCACAAGGUGUUGAAAAGCAUAGCUCCCAAUGACCUGUACCAGAUUCUGUGUGAGGAGCAACGUUUGACCAGCCUUUGCCUUGCCUCUCCACAAUCCGCAAAACAGAGAGAAUACUGAUACACCUUACAGGAAUGUUGGAAGGAUCGCUGCAUCAUUGCUGAAGUCUUUGUACUUAGUCACUUGUCUUCCUGGUUCUUUCUUCGUAGGCGAACGGCAUCUAUUUCUGCAUAACUGUGCUAGUUUCGUUCUGUGAGCAGCUUGCUUUUAUAGAUUUGUACACUUUGCCAAAAUGCCUCUGAAUGAUGAGCAGAACAGCAACUGUGAUUCUUCAAGGUUCUCUGAAAGUGCAGCUUCAUCUUCCAGCGACUCUGAAUACUCCAGGCAGAGUUUUACCAGUGACUCUUCAAGCAAGUCCACCUCCCCAGCUUCAACAAGUCCUCCCAAAGUAGUUACAUUUGAUGAAAUGAUGGCAGCAGCCAGGAACUUAUCAAACUUGACGCUUGCACAUGAAAUUGCUGUAAAUGAGAACUUCCAUUUGGAAUGCAUUGAGCAUCCUCAGAACAGCUUGCCUGGGAGAGUAAAGCAAAUUGUGCACCAAGCAUUCUGGGAUCGUCUGGAAGAAGACUUGAAUGAAGAUCCUCCAGAAUAUGAGCAUGCUAUCAAGCUGUUUGAGGAAAUUAAAGAGAUCCUUCUUUCUUUCUUGAACCCUGGAGCAAAUAGGAUGCGGAGUCAAAUCUGUGAAGUCCUUGAUGCAGACCUCAUAAGGCAGCAGGCAGAGCACAAUGCAGUUGACAUCCAGAGUCUCGCGAACUAUGUCAUUAGCACCAUGGGAAAACUGUGCGCUCCAGUAAGAGAUAAUGACGUGAACCAGUUAAAAGCCACUGGAAAUAUUGUAGCAUUGUUCAGGCAAAUAUUUCAUGUUCUGGAUCUCAUGACCAUGGAUAUGGUUAAUUUUACUAUCCAGAAUCUCAGACCUCAUCUCCAGCGUAACUUAGUGGAAUAUGAAAGAGCAAAAUUCCAAGAUAUACUUGAAGAAACGCCAAGUGCCCUGGAUCUGACCACGGAAUGGAUACAGGAAUCCAUACACGAUGAACUGUCUGCUGUUUCCUGUGAACCAUCUUCAUCUUCUGGUGCUAAUGGGGUGUCUAAAACAACUCUGAGCCCUACUUCGGUGCUAACAAAUAGCUACUUGAAAUUGUUGCAGUGGGAUUAUCAGAAAAAAGCAAUUCCUGAGACACUAAUGACAGACGAAGGCCGUCUUCAGGAGCUAUCAGAAAAACUGAAUCAGUUGAAGAUUAUAGCUUGUAUUUCUCUCAUAACAAGCAACAUGUUGGCUGCAGCAACUGAGGGCAUUCCAGAAUUUGUUGAGAAACAAAAGAAGAUUUCGUUUGUCCUGCUUGAUGGGGUGAAUAAGAAGACAUUUGAUUUGAAGGAAGCUCUGAAUGCAAUAGGUAUUCAGACAUGCACUGCAAUAAAUGAGUCACUAACAGAAAGAGGCUUCCCAUCACUAAAUAAGGAAGUGGAAGCGAAUUUAGUGGGUCAGCUCUGCAACAUCGUUGAUGAAGACAAUCCCAUCCGUUCUUUAAUUGAUAAACGAAUUCAUUUCUACAUGAAAAGUUUGCUCACUUCUCCCUGCUUCCAAAAAUCUAGGCCUGCAAUUCCAGGAGGUCUUGCUGUGAUUCAGACUGAAAUAGAGACCAUUGGAACACAAUAUGCCAACAUUGUUAACUUGAAUAAACAGGUGUAUGGACCAUUCUAUGCAAAUAUUCUUCGAAAACUGCUUUUCGGAGAUGCAGAAAGGAACAAAGCAGAACUUGUGUCUUCUAACUGAAAUAUUCAUUCUUUAUUCUUUCCUCUUUCACAGUAUUUAUAUUGUGGGUUUUAUUCUUCUGAACAUGCAUAACUUACAGCAAUUAUAUUUGUUCAGAUGAAUAAACAGAGAAAUAAAUGUGCCUGUGUAAGUGGCUUAGAUUAUGGAGAUGAUUCUCAAAUAAAAGUUCCCCUGUAUCAAUACAAAUUUACUGAAUUUAAAAUAUAUAUAUGAAAUAAUUAAUUCUGUUUAUAAUGAUGGAUUGUAACAUUUAUUGCACUUAUUUAAUGUAAAUGUGUUCUCUUACAUAUAUGGGGUAAAUAUUUGCCAGUUCGUCACUAAUAUAUCUCUUUCAGAGGUUUGAAGCUUUCUCCAAAGCCUAAAGUGCAAUGAAACAAAAAAUUAUCGUUCCCCUCUACCAACAUUUUACACCCAUAACCACCCGCCCUCUUCCAAAAGUGGCUUAUGCAUAAAAUGCUGUGUCAUUCCCUCAGUACCUCUCUUUUGCUUCUGAAUUUGCAACAGUGUUGAGGUAAUGGAGUAAAGAAAACAGAUUAACACACCUCAGGUUUUUAUAUGACCCUUUCUGUUUUCUGAACCGUACUUUAAACAGUCUUCACAGCAGGCCAGUUAAAAAUAACCGAAAAGGAUGAAAACAAAACUAUUGCCCCAAAUUAUAGAGAUGUAAAAAACAAUUCUAAAACAAUUGAUUUGAUUAGUCCUGGGUUAUUAAAAAGACAGAACUAUAAUCCCAAACUAUUGAGGUCUACAAGUAUUCCCAAACUAUUGCACUCCCAACAAACGAAACUUCAACUCAUAGUCCUAAAAGGUACAAAUGAUUUGUGUUUUUUUUUUUCAGAAACAGAGGCUGAAAUCCUGUUGCUUAGUGUAGUAAGUCAGAACUAGAGUAGAUACAUUGAAUCUAUGGAGUAUAGUAUUUGACUCACCAGUUGUGUGCUGAUUUGAAUAGGCCUACAUUAGUUGCAAUUUACCACAUUAAGCAACAGAAUUUCAGCCCAAGGAAUGUUUCUGUAUAUAGGAUAUAGGACUGCUAGAGAGCCUACAGUAUUAUUUAUGCAUAGGUAUGUAUGCUAUAUUUUACAUAUUUCAAAUUAUUGAACAUAGAAGGGCUGUAGUACAUUGGGUAUAUAAUUUUCCCCUUUGUACCAAAAUGAAUAAUUACUUGAAAAAUGCUUCUAGGAAGUGUAAUUUAUAGUAUUGGUUCACUAUGAUUCAUUUAAAUAACAAAUGUUACACUAUUCAUUGAAACCACUUCAGUGGAUAUACAGUAUGUCAGUAAAUACUCCCUGAUAUUUUAUAUCCUUGCUGGGUAUAUAUUUUUGCUAAGAAUAAUCUAAGAUACUUCAUGUGUAACACUGAACCUUCUUGUCCUACAUUGCUUCUGAUGUCUCUAUCACAAAGAUUACAAAUAGGACCUUGAUAUCAAAAGCAUGUUGGUUUUAUAUGCAAAUUGGAUUUUUAAAAAAGAGAUAUAUAAUGUAUAUAAAUAAUUUUAAAACAUUACUAAAUAUCUAUUGCUUCAUUAUUCCACAUUAAAGUGAUCAUCUAGUCAAAGAAGAAAGAAACAUUAUUCCCUUCUUCGUUUAAAUUCUAAUUUCCCUGUGGGAUUAAGCAAAAGGACAGAGGACUGUGGCGAAUGCAUGCUCAACAGUCAUGUCAUUUCAGUAAAUCCAGAGGUGCUAGUGACAGGCAGCUAUGGCUUUAUAAACAACUCUCUGCAAGUAUUCAGUUCCACAGAAUAUGUUUUGUGCAGAGAGUGUCCAUCUCCCAUUCAUGCCUGGUUUUAAGGGCUAAAUCCAAUUGUAAGUCCCUGACUGAAUCAGUGGGGACUUGGUAGGUCGACUCUGGUUCCAUCGAUUCAGUGGGUCUACUUUAGCAGAGGCAGCAUUUUGAUUUAUGUGUAAGAUACUUUUUUUUUGUCUGAAUGAAAGGAAAAUUGAUUUAUUUGUCACUUUUCUACGUGAUCUGGUUUUGAGCAAUUCCACUGAAGAGGCUGUUGCAAGGGAAUAUGUAUGCUAACAAAAUUAUGGAUUGGAUCCAGUUUUGUGAAUGUGACUUGCACGGGCAGAAGCAGACCACACUGCUCUCCUUCUCAUGAUACCCCUUUAAGAAACCUGACAUAGAAGGUUAUGGUAUUCUGUAGAAGGGGGUGUACUGUAUUAUAGAUGGAAGACUACAGCCCAUUCAAUGUAGCAAGGUCUCCUGAUCCUCCAUGUAGCAUUUUCCUACAGUUUGCUUUCACCAGUUCAAUUGCACUGGGUCCAGUUCUUUGUACGCAACUCAUAUCUUGCUACAUAACUGAGUUGUAUAAAGGAGCAAAUACCUCUGUAUUUUGUUACAUAAGAAACAGAAGGAAUAAAUUGUCUAAAAUAUUUUGGACCUACGUAUGGCUAGGCGGUGUUAUAAACAUCCACAAGAAAUCUGAUUGUAAUUAUUUUUAUGAGGUUUGUGUGUAUGUAUAUAUUUCUGUCUACUUAAGCACUCUGUACAUGCAGGGAACUCAAGUGGAGGGACUGUAUGGGGAACUAUAAGUUAUAUCUAGACCGAUGUUUUCCAAACUUAUGUCCCAGAUGUUCUUGGAUUUAGACUCCCAGUAGCCUUCAUCACUAGCUGUACUGGCCAGGAUUUCUGGGAGUUGUACUCCCAAGAACAUCUGUGGGCUCUAAGGUGGGAACCACAGAUCUAGAGUAUACAUUAGCUGCAGUUAGGUCCCAUUGUAAUCAUUGGGGCAAAUUAAUCAACUGAGUUAAUUUGUCCCUUCAGCAGUUUCUCAUAAUUUAAGUCUCAUUGAUUUCAAAGGGCACUAACUGCUACAAAAUUAUUCUGUAUCCAACAAUAUAUUUAUUUUAAAUGCUCAAGCAGAAGAUUACAAGAAAGCAAUCUUUGUUUUGUGAUUUUAUAUAUGACAUGAGAAGGGCAUUUUACAUAGCAUGGUGUGGCCACUCAACAGUCUUUCAGUGUCUCUCUAUUAAUGUUUGUAGCCUUCUCAGUGUUCAGAUUAAUCAACUGAAUUAAUUUGUCCCCCUUGCAUGUUGUUUGGAUAAUUUCAGCAACUGUUUACUUUCAUCCAUACCUGAAAAAAACCCAAGGUAUUAUAUGUAACUGAUUGAUUUUUGUGUUAAUAUUUGUACUCAUUAAAUUUGCUUGCAGUUUUAAAAAA